AGGCGGUGCCGGGUCUACCGGCUGUGAAAAGUUCCUUUCACACAGCGAACAGAAAUACUCGAACCUAUAAUGAUAUACAGAUGCAAUUGGCUGGGGAAUUCAAUCUCCCUGUCCGUCAAUGUCCUUGAUUCUGAUGUCUCUUUUUGGUCGAAACGGCGGCACGCUGGCGGUAUCAAGCAAGUCAGUGGAGAGGAAGAAACUUAUCCUCCCUGCCUGGUCUACUCCGCAAUCUAGAGACCUUGAUAUUCUAUAAUGGCCUUUCCACCCGAAAUUCUAAGUGAAUAGUUUUCUUGCCUAAUUAUCCCAAGUCGAGCCGCGGCCGCUACGACCAAAAUGACCCCUUCCAUUGCGCUUCGAUGGGUUGAGUAUGAUCCACACCACAACAUAUGGUGCCGCGUCGAGGAUCUGGUGGAUGCGACUGAGCUGGAACCAGUGCAGCUGGUGCAAGAGACGCGGCCAUGGCCACUGGGAGUGCGAAUAGUACCUUGGGAUGCGAAUGAUGGUAAGGACUACUGGCGAUUCGGCCUGGAUACGGCCAUCACUUGGAAACAGCGCUUGAAUGAGCCUGUUCCGGAGACAUGGACUACUGUCGCCGCACAUCUCGCAUCGCUUCCCACCACCAAAUCCCCGACGGGAGAGGAAACCUACACUCUCUACGAAGACAUCCUAAAUUAUCUAUCCAGGCUAAUAUUAAGAAAGGGGCGACAAUUCAUGGCUAUCAUUUAAUUAUCUUCGUUUGAUGCAAAGCGCUCUUAUGUUGAUUUGACAAGUCACUCGAUUUGAAGGUAGACGCGGCGACCGUGCAUCGUCGCAUGCUGGACAUAUUGAAUAACCACGGUAGACCUUAGUGAAGUGGAGAUGGAGAGAUGGAGAGAUGGGUAUCGUGGGAUUUGUCAAUAGGCUUUAAUGACGAGAGAUCCUACGGCUUUAGCUACGCUGCCGUAAGAAGGGCACGCCGAGCGUUGACUAAGAAAAUCGGGGAUCUGUUACAGAUUUGCCUAGGGAUUUGCCUAGAAGGUCCCUUC